GUUGUUGAGAAAGACGGGGUUUUUGUUGAUGGUUCUGAGGAAUCAGUAGUUACUAUCAUUAAGAAUGCUGCCAUCCGUAAGCAUCCAAUUUACCACCUUCUGGACACCAAUCAACAAUCAAUCGUAUGGUAUAACAGCCUCGGUCUCAAUUCCAUCAUUGAUCUGUCAACUCGAUAUCCGUAA